UACCCACCAAGUCACCAACUUAUAACACUUCGCUCUCACUACCAAAUCAGAGAAGAACAUAUUAAUUCGCUCUCACCACCAACACUUCGUGCCACUCAAUCCCAAAUCGAAGGAAGGUUUUGCCGUCACCACUCACCAUGCACUACCCGCCACUCCACCAAAACUGUAGCUCCCUCUUCGCUGCGUGCUCACCGUUCCUCUUCCUCGCUCAACACUCACCACUCACCACUCACCACUCGAGAACCAUUGCUCCUCUUCACUGCGUGCUUACAUCGGGAAGACUCUGUGGUCAGCAUCGUCAUCCCUUCGCUCACCAUUGUCGAGAAGAUGAACUCGUACCCAACACUCCGUUCACGCAGGUGAGUUUGGCCACCACCAACCUUACCCCGAGUUUCAGGAAGUUCUUAACUGGGGUCUGUUGCCACAACAAACAAUACGUCUGUCUUGUCCCUCACAUUUUAUUCAUCAUGAAUGGGGGAUGCGUUACUGAGAUUAUUACUUUAUAUAUUAUGACCAUGACAGAAAAAAACUGUAGUUGAGUUUCCGGUUUAAUAACGAAUUUUGUGUUUUGAGUUUUUGUUUUUCCAAAUACUAAUUUAGAGUAAUUCUUAGUUUAAAGGAUAUCUAAACUUUCAAAAGAAUUAUAAAAUUUUACAAGAAAAAUUUUUUAAUUUUUAAAUACUUGUCUAAACGUUCAAAAAUUUUUAAUUUUUAGUAUAUGUGUGAUGUAUAUAUGUUUUGAUGAUAUAUUUUUUUUCCUAAGUUGAAGAAAAAUAAAUGUAAGUUUUUAUGUCUAAUGUGACUUUGCUUUGCAUGUUAAUGAAGCAGGUGCUGAGCUUUCAUAUGGUAAAGUGGUUGAAACAAAAGUUCCCGAGCGUUGAGAAGGAAGAAUAGCAAUACCAAAAAUAAUCUAUCCUGGCAGAGUAUGAAUUGUAUUGCUCUCACGCCUGUGGAACAAUUCUGUUAAUAGUUUCUACUUAGUGUAAGUGUGUAUAUCACGGUAUAAAACUGAGAUUGAGACAAGUGUAUUCACUCAACUAUAUUGAUAUGUUGGUUGGUUACUUUAAUCACAACUUAUCUUAAUUGUUGAUUAUCAUCA